ACAAAACUUCCCCCUGCAACCACAGUAGUAGGCGUGUAGCUCCGCGCACUGGCGCGUGCUACGCCGCUCUCGUCGCUUUGUCGCCUCGUAUCGUAUGCAUACACGCAUGCCCCGUCGUCAGAGCGAAAACAUAUCAGCGGCCCGGAUAAUCUCAUCGGCGCAGACUAUUUUACCCUUCCCCGUGACCGCCAGUCAACAGUCAAGGUCCAAACGCAGGGGCCCUUGGGCGCAUCAUGCAAGUGCGAGCUCCAUAUGCAAGCAAGUGUUCUUUACCCGGAGGCGAUCUAUCCGCAGCAACACCGCACGUCAACCGAUGACUAAAAUGCCCCAGGGUCGACAUCACGUCAAACAGCCUGAAGAGGGUGAAACAAGGUUGGCAUCGAUCUUUCUCAGCACUGUACUUCUACAUACGUCUUCUGGGAUCUUUCCUAUUCUGUUAUCCACGACUUGACGAUCUUCGCCUCUUUCAAAGCGCAGUGAUGAGGAGGCUUUUUUUCCACAUUUUUUGAAGGACAACACCUUCGGCAUGUGAGAUGUAUGGGGGCAGACUAUGCGUUGGAUGCAAGGCAAUUCGUAUUUUGAGUUGUGAGGAAGACUAGGUAGGUGUAUGGUGUACUCCACCGCCCAAGAGGCC